AUGAAUGCUAGCUCCGGUGUAGUUAGCGCCUGCACCGGUUUUGGUAUCAGCCCUUUUGGAGCAGCCAUGUCCAACCAUCCGGAUCACUUUCACACAGCAGCAUUGCCACACCAUUUUCCCCAUCAUCAUCAUCAACAUGUUGGCCAACAGCAGACAUACCAACAGGACCAGCUGCCGUGCCAAGCGUCGGCAAUGACAACAGGUGGAGCGGGAAAUGUAGGAGUUUCCGCGGGUGCAGCAGGUCUGGAAGCUGGUGGUCAAUUCCGGUUUUCGGCCCAGCAACACACAUUGUGCCAUUCUACGAGUGGACUUGGAGGCGGGAUGAACCGAGGCACUCUGCAGAAUGGCAACUGUCGAUGUCCGCCUAACUUCCUCAUGAAUGGACAAGAAGUGAGUUGCUAA